UACUUGUUAUCGUUAGUCUACGAAGAUGACCCACAGACAUUCAAUAUACUAGGACCUUUACUGACAUCUGGCCACCUAACUGUUCGGAUAUCGACUCCACGGAUCACCACAGACGACAGAUCCAGCCACCGAGUCUAGUUCCACGUCGGGGACCAAUUUUCUUUCCUUCCUGUUCCUAUUCCUUAUUACCAAGGGUGGCAUUUGAUAGAAUGGGCGAUGUCCAGGAGAAAAAUAAAGCGGGGAGACAGAGGAGGUAUUGCUGAAACUGGGACUGAAACCGUCUAAGGGUUCAAGGAAGAAUCUUUCAAGAACCAGAAGGAAUGUUUUGGCAUGGUGUUAGGUUUGCCAAAACAAACCCCACUGUCAAACUUUCAAUGAAAUACUAUUCAAGAUUGGUUUUCCAAAAGGAAUUGACUGCCCUGCCCCUUAAAAGUACUCACAGGUCAAUCAAAACAGAUUCGCUUUCACUUGAUACCAAUUAAGUCUCUGUCGUCAGAGGAGAUAUCGUCACUUAGUCGCUUUGUUAUCGUAUCAAGUUCGCACUGUGGGUCUGAACCAACAGAAAAAAGUCUUUAUUCGCGCGCCUGGAGCCUCGUAUUUAUAUCUCUCCCCAGAAACUAUACAAUCGUUUGUCAUUGCAAAAGAAUUUAGAGACCAACAGUAAGGGACUUGGCAAAUACUUUACCCAAGUGUUCAUUCAAUCUCAAUAACAAGACAGUAAAAUUUAUAAGUAACUUUAUAAUACAAACGAACUUACUGGAAUCAGCCAGUCUUGUCGCGGAGAACUACUGUAUAGCAAUGGAACGUGUGAGUGUUUUAAGUGUGCUGCUUGCUGUAUGUUUAGUUUGUUAUUCCUCAGGAGUUUAUCAAUACGGAGGAACGUCCCUAUAUCUUUAUAAAGAUGGCCAGAACAACAGACCUGAGCAAAGUCAAGGUUAUGGUUAUUUGCCUCUUUACAAAGGCGCCAACUCUAAGCCACCCGUUAACAGACCUCCAGCAGAACCCUUAUCUUACACGACCACUAGCACUUCCGACCAGAACCCGACCAUCCAGGUAGACGGAGGUUCUGUAACUGGUCAUGGUGGCUCAGGAAGAUUUUGCUUGUUUGAAACUGCGCGUCAAGUACCUUGUCCCGUGGCUGUCAACAAGAAGGUUAAGCAGAAUUACCGUUAUUACUGUGGCAACCUGUUCCAGAAAUUCUGCUCCGGUCAGAGAUGGGUAUAUUUGCCCGAAUACAAAAUCGAGAUGAAGACCGUCUAUACCACUGUACGAGGUUGUUGUCCAGGAUUCUCUGGACCCAGGUGUGAUAAAACAUGUUUUAACUGCACUGUGUUCGAUAGUUGGCAGAAGAGACUCCAAGCUGUCGAAAGGCUGCUGAAAGGAUCACCUUCUCCUCCCAAACCACACUUAACUAAUGGAGUUGGGCAAUUAGGACCCCGCGGACCUGCCGGGCCACCCGGUCCCCAAGGACCUGCUGGGCCCCAGGGUGCCGAUGGACCUGCUGGUCGCAAGGGUUCCGCAGGACCCCCAGGACCCAAGGGUUCCGCCGGACCACCAGGUCUAUCAAUACCUGGCCCAAAAGGAUCCUUAGGGCUUCCUGGCCGUCCGGGUGAAUCGAUCGUUGGCCCCGCUGGACCUCGAGGACUACCUGGCAUCCAGGGAAAACCAGGACCCCCGGGACUCCCGGGUGUACCGGGUAUACCUGGAAGAAGAUCCCCAACUGUUGUGUCUGGCGGAGAACAUCCUACUUCCACUAUGGAUAUGAAAGACCUUAUGGAAGAGUUUUCUGCUUUGCUUUUUAGAGUGAAAGAACUCGAAGACAGAGUCGAAGCGUGCAACUGCCCUGUGCGGAGAGAGCCAGCUCUAAAGCCAACAGAUCAGAUUCCCAGAACCGUAAGACGAUACCCAAGCCCCCCUAAAGAACGGAUCCCACCAACGCCCGAAAAGGAAGUAGUCCCGACCACCCCUGAUGACAUGUUUGGUCCUCCUGCAUUGUAAAUAAAUAAAGAUUGAUGUAAAGCUAUUAUAACUGGACUAGUGGGGAGAGGAGGUCUUUAGAGGAACUUAAUUAUGACUGGAGAAGCCUUAGUACGGUAUAGGGACUUUAUAUAUUAAGUGUUUUGAUCGGAUGGUGUUCAUUUUGUUGUCUUGAUUAAAGACCCAUUGCCACUUACCGUGAUGCACCGCAGUCACA